AUGGUAAACGGAAACUCCGCCAUAGAGCUGAAGAUUUACCUCUGGAGGUGCAAAGAGUUGACAGAAUUCAGUCUGGGGGAGAACUUGCUGGCCCUCUCCAACCCUGGUCUAAUGCUGGACCAGCUCCUCCCGGAGCUCAGCUUGCUGCUCAAGUUGCUGGAUCAUGAGUACCUGAGCGCUACCACCAUGGAGAAGAAACUGGCCGUCUCCACUAUCCUGCAAAAGCUGCAGCCCCCUGCAGGGAAGGCUCUGGACUACAUGUACGUGAACACCGCAGCCCUGCAGAACAGCACCAGCUUCGUGGAGUCCCUCUUUGAAGAGUUUGACUGUGAUCUGCGGGUUCUCCAGGAUAUGCAGGAGGAUGAUGGGGACACCAGCGAGGGCAUUGGCUUGGAGCUCACAAGGAGCCAUCCAUCUAAAAAUGCUCCCAGGGACCCUCCUCCACCACUUCCCACAACCCCCCCACCUGAAGAUUACUACGAGGAGGCCCUGCCUCUGGGCCCAGGCAAGGCCCCUGAAUACAUCACCUCACGCAAUAGCUCCAGUCCCCCCAACUCAAUCGAGGAUGGCUACUAUGAGGACGCAGACAGCAACUACCCUGUUACCAGGAUGAAUGGGGAGCAGAAAAACUCCUACAAUGACUCUGAUGCGAUGAGCAGCUCCUAUGAGUCAUACGAUGAAGAGGAGGAGGAUGGGAAGGGCCAGCGGCUGACACACCAAUGGCCGUCAGAGGAAGCUUCUAUGAACCUGGUGAAGGACUGCAGGAUUUGUGCCUUCCUGUUGCGUAAGAAGCGCUUUGGGCAGUGGGCCAAGCAGCUGACAGUCAUCAAGGACAACAAACUCCUGUGCUACAAAAGCUCCAAGGACCGGCAGCCACACCUGGAGGUGCCCCUGAGCGCCUGCAGCGUCAACUAUGUGCCCAAGGACGGGCGCCGCAAGAAGCAUGAGCUGCGCUUCUCUCUGCCAGGGGCCGAGGCUCUGGUGCUGGCAGUGCAGAGCAAAGAGCAGGCUGAGGAGUGGCUGAAGGUGAUAAAGGAAGGGAGCAGUGCCAAUGGAGGAGGAACAGGUGGGACUGAAGACCCUACAUCCCCCGUGCUGCAUUGCAAGAUGGACCUUGACAAGAGGUUAUCGCAAGACAAACAGACGUCUGACUCGGACAGCAUGGCAGCAGGGGAGAACUGCUCCCCCAUGAGCCGAAGGGAGCGCGGGAAAGGCAAGAAGAGCGGCUUGGCUGAACUGAAGGGCUCGGUGAGCCGGGCAGCCGGGAGGAAAAUCACCAGGAUCAUCAGCUUCUCCAAAAAGAAGCCAUCCCCUGAGGACACCCAGACGUCCUCCACCGAGGAGGACAUCCCCUGCUGUGGUUACCUGAAUGUCCUGGUUAACCAGUGCUGGAAGGAGCGUUGGUGUUGCUUGAAAGGCAACACGCUCUAUUUCCACAAGGACCGCUCCGACUUGCGGACGCACAUGAAUGCCAUCGUCCUGCGUGGCUGUGAGGUGGUGCCAGGCCUGGGCCCUAAACACCCGCUUGCUUUCCGCAUCCUUCGCAGUGGGCAGGAGGUCUCUGCCUUGGAGGCAAACUGCUCUGAAGAUCUGGGCCGCUGGCUCGGGCUCCUGCUGGUUGAGACUGGCUCCCAGAAAACCCCGGAGGCCUUGCACUAUGACUACGUGGAUGUAGAGACAAUAGCCAACAUAGUCACCGCUGUGAGACACUCCUAUCUGUGGGCCAGCGCCUCCCAUGAGAGCCAGGCUGACUCCUCCCGGGUGGUGUAUGAUGACGUCCCCUACGAGAAGGUGCAGGCAGAGGAGCCACCGCGGCCGUCGGGGGCCCAGGUGAAGCGGCAUGCCUCGUCCUGCAGUGAGUCAUCACGCCGCGUGGACCCGCAAGUCAAAGUCAAAAGACAUGCAUCAAAUGCCACCCAGUACAAGUAUGGGAAGAACCGGGCUGAGGAGGAUGCCAGGAUGUUCCUGACGGAGAAAGAGAAGCUGGAGAAGGAGAGAGCUUCUAUCCGGAAUGAGUUGGUGACCCUGCGGAAGGAAAAGAGGGAGCUCCGGGAGGCCAUGAAAAGCAGCACAGGGAGGAAGCUGAAGGAGCUGGAGGAGCAGGUGGUGGCCCUGGAGGAGCAGUGCAAAGGGAAGGAGGAGCAGCGCGUGGACCUAGAGCUCAAGCUGACGGAGGUGAAGGACCGGCUGAAACAGUCGCUAGCAGGAGGGCUGGCUCUGGGGCUCACCGUGACCAGCAAAGCUGAAAAUGGGGAGACUGGAAAUAAGCCAAAUGGGAACCCCACGGAGCACUUGGUCCCGGUGAACUGUGCAGCGGAAAUGAGGAAGAGGAGCCCCUCCAUCCUCCCUGCCAACAAGGGGAAAGUGCUGCAGAAGGCCAAGGAGUGGGAGAUGAAGCAAACCUAA